AUGAACGAGAUUUAUGGCUAUGGAUCUCUUAUGAAUAAUCCAUUGUAUAACUGCAGUGCUAUGUCCGUAGAAGAUCGUCUGGAGUCUAAAAUAAUAAGGAGGCCUUUUUGGGGUGCUUGUUCAUUUGUUUAUGGUAUUCUAGCACAGUUUUUUUAUGUUCUAUGUCUUUCUGUGAUGAGGAAAAAACCGCUCUAUCAAUAUGCUUGUUAUAAAAUCAUGUUCGUUCUGGGAUGCGUGGAUAUGGUCUCAGUUUUCAUCAACAAUUUUAUAAUGGCUUACUGUCUGGGAUUCGGAGUCGACUUCUGUGAUAUGCCACACUUCCUGUUCGUCACAGGGAGUUUCCACUUGACUACUUGGGUCAUCAGCUGCUAUUUCUGUUUGUUCUUGGCUCUAAACAGGAUAUUAGAAGUCCUGGAAGUUAACCAAAAAUUUAUCGACUUUUUUUAUACGAACAAUAUACAGAAAAUGACAGUUAUCGGGUUCCUUUAUGGAUUGUUCUUCUUCUUGUUCACAAAACCUUUUGUUUAUUCGAACAGAGUUGCUUCAUGUCUGAUUGAUCCCCAAAUUUAUAGAAACAAAUCGGAAUGGUAUCGGAAUGACUGGCUUGUGUUCGAUGACUUCAUCGUUGUCGUGGUGACUUCUUCUGUUUACGGAACCUAUCUUGUUAUUUUAUGCAAGCGAUACAAGGUUAUUUCGAAUAAAACGGUUCAAGCAGAAUCGACUGUUUCUCAAAGACGUCUGCAAAAAGUGUUUGCGCAAGCUACUGUCUUAUGUGGGUUGAACUUCUUUUGUGCAGCCAUAUAUCCAGCGUUCAUGUUUAUGCCAACAUUAACAUUCAUUCCCAAAACAGUCAUGAUGGCAUAUCAAUUUGCAACAGGUUUGCCAGCUUUUGUUUAUAUGAUAAUGAAUCCUACAAUUCAAGUUGGCGUUCGAGAUUAUUUUUUCAGAAUCAUUGGGAAGCAACCAAAAGAUUCUCAUUUCACCAUGACUCUUACACAAACGGCUAUGACUUCCCAUGUGUCUCCCAUGACACAAUCUUGA